UCUAUAUUCUCUGGUAUUGAUUUUCUGGCCUGAGUUUGGAGGGUUGAAGGUAAAGAAUUUUUGCUCAGUUAACUGUUUGUGAGGAGUUCAGCUUGUCAGAGGUUUACUAAUGGCGGCAGACCAACUCGUGGGCUCCGAGAUUCAUGGGUUCCAUACUUUGAAAGAUUUAGAUGUUGGGAAAAUUGUGAACGACGCUGGAGGAAGAUGGCUCAGCGGUCAUGAAAUUCAUGCAAUACUCCAUAAUCACAAGCAUUUCUGCGUCUAUAGCAAUCCAGUUAACUUGCCCAAAAUCUUAUCAGAAAGCCUAGGUGCUCACCUCGAAGCAUUUGCAAUUCAUAUUGGAUAUUCUUCAGGCAUAUGUGGUGCUAUUUUACUUUUUGACCGUAAGAGGCUUAGGAACUUCAGGAAGGAUGGUCAUAACUGGAAGAAGAAAAAAGAUGGGAAGAAUGUCAAUGAAUCCCAUGAAUGCUUAAAAGUUGGUAAUGAAGAAAGGAUCCAUGUAUACUAUGUGCAUGGCCAAGAUAACCCGAACUUUGCUCGCAGGUGUUACUGGCUUCUUGACAAGAACCCAGAACGAGACAUAGUCCUUGUUCAUUAUCGUGAACUAAAGGAGGAAUCUGGCGAUAAGCAUGUAUAUUAUGCUGGCGACAAAGACUUUUUAGAAUCAACAGCGCUUGGUGACAAUUUAACCGUCCAGAAUCAUGAAGGGAGGCGUCAUGAGAUUAAUCCAAUGGAACGGGAUGAGCUCCCACCGACAAAUGAUUCUAACAACUCAACUGCACCUAAAGAAGAUGAAGUUUCAAGCUUCGAUCAAUCAAAUCAAAUUGAGGCCAAUGACUCCUUAUAUGAUAUGAUGUCGCAGAGGAAGAGACGGCGAGAGGAUGUGAAGGCCCAGCCAGAAGGGAGUGGUUCUAAGGAUAAGCGUAGGAGGUUUCCUACUUUCUGGAAGUAAGAGGACUUAUUUAAUACAAGCUCUGACUUUUGUUGUUAGUUUCUGUUGGCUGGAUUUUCCAGCAAGAUACACUCCAAGUGCAGUAGAUUAAACAAGGGAAACACAAGAGAAUAAGAAGAACAACUUGCUGCAGAAAUUCU